UGUUGUGGGUAGCGAGGAUACUCACCAUGGCAACCAAUAUACACAAUGCUCAACGCUUUGUUUUCAUUCGGAAGCAACGUGUCACAAGACAGCAACACAAAGUGCCAAAUAAUCGAUUUUUCCGUCACAUUGUUAGUUCAAUAAUACUGAAAUUCCUUAAAACUGUGUCAAAUUCAACGACCAAUCCUCGCGUAUGCGAAACAUCGCCCAAAAAUGGCAAGAACUGAUAUCAAACUGUUUCGUCGGAGAUAAAAUAAUGUACGCUACCAGAUCCAGGCUGAAAGACCCAGAGGUGCCGAUCCAUCGUAAUCAACAAGAGAAUGAGCUACACGUCGCGAAGAAAACAACAAGAAAACACAGAUGCCGAUCCAGGGAAAAGCAAGCGAGAUCUUCUCAAUUUCCCGCACAAGAAGCGUCGGACGAAAACGACAACUACCCGAAAAUAUCGAAAAAGCAGCUGUGGAAGGACAAUCUGCAGCUGACCAGAGAGAAGGAAGAAGUGAUCGCCAAAUUCAACGAACUGGAGGAUCUGUCGGUGAAGAAAAUAACGAAAUUGAGGGAGAAAGUGAGCGGAUUGCAGAACGAAAAAUUCGAGAUCGAUCAGGAGAAUCAAAUAUUGAAAUCUCGCUUGGAAGGGUUGUCCAGGGAAUACGAAGAGGUGAGGGAUCUGUUGGAACAGUACAAAGUCUGCCAGAAUUGCGAAGAAUUUAAGAUUGCCCUCGAGCAGUUCAGCAGCGAGAACAGUUCUCUGAAGAAGUCGAAAGUGGAGCUCAGCGAAGAUUUGGAUAUGCUCAAAACGGUCGUUUUCAGAUUAAAUGUUCAGCUCGAAAGAUACCAGGAGAAGCUCCGAAACAACAACAUCAAAGAUACGAUAGAGAAAAGUGCGAACCACUUCUUGACCGCAGAGCAGCAGAUCGUAGGCGACAUUUCCAGAGAAUUUCCCCAAGAAUCCAGCCACGCUUCUCAUCCACACCUGCCUAUUUCUUGGGGAAAGGUGAAUUCCCACACCCUCGGUCCGAUGCUGGAGGCGUUCCAGGAAACCAUAAACGAAAAAGACGAGAUCAUAAACGAAUACGAAGCGGAAUUUUCCGUUUUCUCGGGAAAACUGAAAGAGGUGUUGUCCGAGAACGAAAAACUCCAUUACAGACUUAACGAAGACGGACAAUGUAGCGGCAAGUUGAGGGAGGAAUUGACUAUAUUGAGGAAGGAGUUGGAGGGUUGUAAGGAUCAGAACGACGCCUUGAUCAAGAAGUGCGCCUUGAAGCAGGAUAAAGUGGACGAAAUCCUUAAAGUUUAUGAAACAAAAGUUGAGCAGAUGAAGAGGGACUACAACGUCCUUCACGAGCAAUACUACAAGUGUCGCAACGAACUGACCACUCUGAACGAGAGAAACAAGGCGUUAGCCCAAACCCAGGAGGAUUUCAAGAACGAGAAGAAAAAUUACAUACCGAUUUCCGUUCAUACGGCAAGCGUUAACGAGUGCAAAAAGUGGUACGAGGAGCUCAAAACGCAGUACGAGAAGGAAAAGGAGAAGCUCAAGGUUGAGCUUGAGCAGCACUUGAAGGAGAUUGGGGAUCUCAAGGACAAGAUUUCUAUCGUGCAGAAGGAGAAACAGGACAAGGAGGAUAAGAUUAAGCAACUGGAAAAACUUAUAAGGAAGGGAGAGGCAAAAUAUCUGGAGCUGGAACAAGCUUUGAAUGAGUGUCAAGUAUCCAGAACAGCCUGCAAGAAACAACUCCACAAAGCUAUGAGCUUCGCUAAGGAUUUGGUGACAGAACAGGAAACCCUUCUCAAGGCCCUCAAUCACCGACAGCAAGAAAACAAGAUGGUCACGAAGAUUGGGGCUGAUAUGGCUUUCAAAAUGGACAGCUUGAAAACGCAGCUAAAAGAAGUUCAACGAGGUGCUUGGCAAGAGUUGAAUACUGUUGAAGGAAGGAUUCAGGAACAGGAACAGACCAUCGAGCAGAUGAAGGAGGAAUACGAAAAAGAGAUAGAUCGUUUGGAGCAAAUCAUCAAGAGACAGACUGACCAAUCAAUUUUGCUCAAGACACAGAAUAAUCUUCCAAUAUCGCCUUAUGUACAUUAUAAGAAUAAGAUACAAGAGAGUGAAUGAUGGAAAAUACAAAUAAUUUGAAAGAA